AGGAGGAAAAAGAGAAAUCAAGAAAAAGAUUAGGUAAUUGAUCAUGUGAUCACAAUGAGAAAGGGGAAAGGUAAGAAAGAAAGACAAAAAGAAAAGGAAAGACACAUCAUUAGACUACUACUGCCAUUGGAAUGGCUACCUUUUCGGCCUUCAAUAUAAAGAAGAAAGAAGCAAACAAGCAAAUUUCCCAUUCCCUGGAAUAGCUAAAAAAAGUUAUAUCACUGCUAAUUAAUCAAUAUCUAAGAGCUUAAAUUAAUAGCACGUGGAUUCUUGACCAAACCGCUGUUCUGUUCACUUAUCAGAGCAGGACUGCUGUCUUAGUAGAGAGGGAAGGGUAACACUACAGCCCUUGAGAUUCUUUGCUUAAGUUCGCCCUUUCUAAGGCAUAACUUCCUUGCUUGUGAAUUGAGUUACAGAUUUCUUGGGCAGAACUGAUUCCUUUAUAGCUUCUUUCAGGUGCAACAAGAGAGUAAAAAGACCAUGAAGCUGGAGCUAAGAAUCAUCCCCACCCACAAUCUAACACACAAAGUACCAGCUAGAACACUACUGAAAGUUAGUUUUCAUUGCCCAAGAAGCCAAACCAAAUAUUUCCCAGAAUAUACCAAUCUCACUUACAGCCAGUUGCUACACUUCCAUCUAAAUGAAAUCAAAUCCCACUGCAAACCAUCCAUUGAUAACAUCUACAAAAGUACAGCAGGUAAUAACUGUGUAGGGGAAAAAAAUCAUCACUUUUUCCACAGUAGAAACUCAUUCUAAAUCGUUGCCUAUUGUAAGACCAUAAAACCAAUCCACUACUUCCUUUGUUUCAGAGUAAACUAUACUGACACCAAAAAAUCCAUCUCCCAAUCCCAAAAAACCCUUUCAACAGCUAUGAUCCGCAUCAGACAACGAGGCUCUGUUGGCCAUGAACAACGAGGCUCUGUCGGCCACGAACAACGAGAUCCUGUCAGCCACGAACAACGAGGCUCUGUCAGCCAUGACAAUGACUACAAGCUAAAAGAAGCUAACCCUCAGCUGGGAGAGCGGUGGCCCAAUGGAGGAGGCUAUGGUGGACGAGCAUGGAUGAAUAGCGGAGAGAAAUUCAGUAGUACUUAUGAUCUUGUUGAGCAAACAUACUACCUUUAUGUUCGAGUGGUGAAAGCCAAAGAUCUUCCCCAGAGUGGUGUCACUGGAAGCUGUGAUCCUUAUGUAGAAGUCAAGCUAGGGAACUAUAAGGGGCGAACCAAGCAUUUAGAGAAUAAAAGGAAUCCAGAGUGGAAUCAAGUUUUUGCUUUCUCAAAGGACCGUAUCCAAGCAUCAACAUUGGAAGUCUUUUUAAAGGAACGAGAGAUGGUGGGGAGGGAUGAGUACAUAGGGAGGGUGGUGUUUGACCUAAGUGAGGUCCCAACCAGGGUCCCACCUGAUAGCCCAUUGGCACCUCAAUGGUACAGGCUGGAAGAUCGAAGAGGACAGGGGAAGGUAAUGGGGGAGGUAAUGCUGGCUGUUUGGAUGGGCACGCAAGCUGAUGAAGCCUUUCCAGAGGCAUGGCACACAGAAACAGCUUUUGUUCAGGGAGAAGGGUUAUUUAGCAUUCGUUCAAAAGUCUACAUGGCCCCAAAAUUAUGGUACCUGAGAGUGAAUGUGAUAGAAGCUCAGGAUGUGAUUCCAAAUGAUAGGAGCAGAGCUCCAGAGCUUCUUGUGAAAAUACAAGUUGGCAACCAAGUUUUGCGGACUAAGAUAAGUCCACCAAACACCAUGAAUCCGCUUUGGAAUGAGGAUCUGGUUUUUGUAGUUGCCGAGCCCUUUGAGGAGCAGCUAGUCCUCACUGUUGAGGAUCGUGUUCAUCCAGCAAAAGAUGAUGUGCUAGGCAAGAUAAUGCUACCAGUCAACAUCUUUGAGAAGCGGCUAGACCACAGACCAGUUCAUUCUCGUUGGUUCAACCUGGAGAAAUUCGGAUUUGGAGUCUUGGAAUCUGACAGGAGGAUGGAACAGAAAUUUUCCAGCAGGGUGCACCUCAGAGUCUGCCUUGAGGGUGGGUACCAUGUAUUGGAUGAGUCAACAAUGUAUGUCAGUGACACGCGCCCAACAGCACGUCAACUUUGGAAGCCACCAGUCGGAAUUUUGGAAAUGGGUGUUUUAGGUGCUCAAGGUCUUCUUCCCAUGAAGACAAAGGACGGCAGAGGCACCACAGAUGCAUACUGUGUGGCAAAAUAUGGUCAGAAAUGGGUUCGGACCAGAACGAUUCUGGAUUCUUUUGCUCCUAAAUGGAAUGAGCAAUACACAUGGGAAGUUUAUGACCCAUGUACAGUAAUAACAUUGGGAGUAUUUGACAAUUGCCACUUGGGCGGAUCUGAAAAGCAGGGUACUGCUGGUAAAUCAGCCAGAGAUUCACGAAUUGGAAAGGUAAGAAUUAGACUAUCCACACUCGAGUCUCAUCGUGUUUAUGCAAAUUCCUAUCCUCUCCUUGUUCUGCAUCCAGGUGGGGUGAAGAAGAUGGGAGAACUCCAGCUAGCAGUUAGAUUCACCAGCUUAUCCUUGGCCAACAUGAUUUACAUGUAUGGCCAUCCCUUGCUCCCUAAAAUGCAUUACCUCUACCCUUUCACAGUAAACCAAAUAGACAGCCUUAGAUUCCAAGCCAUGAACAUAGUGGCAGCAAGACUAGGCAGAGCUGAACCGCCAUUGAGAAAGGAGGUGGUGGAAUACAUGUUAGAUGUGGAUUCCCACCUGUGGAGUAUGCGAAGAAGCAAAGCUAAUUUCUUCAGAAUCAUGGCAAUUUUGUCAGGCACAAUAUCAAUAAGCCGGUGGUUUGGUGAUGUUCGCCAUUGGAAAAACCCUAUUACUACAGUCCUAGUUCACAUUCUCUUCUUAAUAUUGAUAUGGUACCCAGAGUUGAUACUACCAACUAUGUGCCUCUACAUGUUUUUUAUUGGUCUAUGGAACUACAGGUUCCGCCCACGUAACCCACCCCAUAUGGAUAUCAAACUUUCAUGGGCAGAAGCAGUACAUCCAGAUGAACUUGAUGAAGAAUUUGACACAUUUCCUACUUCAAGGCCACAUGAAAUCAUUAGGAUGAGGUAUGAUCGGCUUAGAAGUGUGGCUGGAAGAAUUCAGACAGUGGUGGGUGACUUAGCGACUCAAGGGGAGAGAUUCCAGUCCCUGCUAAGCUGGCGGGAUCCAAGAGCGACUAGCUUAUAUAUAAUGUUCUCCCUUUCUGCAGCUGUGCUUCUUUAUGUGACUCCAUUCAGAGUAAUUGCUCUAGUAGCAGGGCUGUACACACUGAGGCACCCGAAGUUCAGAAGCAAGCUGCCUUCUGUUCCUAACAACUUUUUCAAGAGAUUGCCUUCUCGAGCUGACAGCUUGCUCUAAGCAAUAGGUGUUAGUCAAUUGAUGGACACAUCUGUAGUUUCAAUGUCUUUUCCAUUUUUACUUCUUAUUAUCAAAGUUUUAUAUAUUUGCUGAAUAUAAAAAGUAUGUUUCACGUUUCUAAGUUAUAUUGCAUAUAUAUUUUUUUUCUCUUAACAAGAGAGGCAAAACCUUAGCCCUACUUCUGAAAAUGACGUUUAGGAUUAUCUAAUAUUCUGUUUUUUAGACAAGAAACUAGAAAGAACUUUGUUUUUUGUAUGGAAGACACUUGAAACCAGUUUACGUAAACAGGAAACAACCA